AUGGAAACGGUAAACGCUUGGAUCGAUAAGCAUACUGGAAUUGGUGAGGAAGCAUGUCCUUUCACCCCAUAUCCUCGAAGUAAGGGCGAGGAACUCUGCCUCGUCCUCGGACCCCGAAAAACGAUGGAUGAGCCCUCAUGGACCAUCGAGGCCUACAACCCUGUCUCAGGCCACAGUCAGGUCGUAGGCAGCAUGAAACAUCGUUUCGACUCGGCCAUUGUCGAACAAAACGGUGAGCAAUUCAACAGUUAA